AUGGCCAUCACAAAAUCCUCCGAGCCGGCACCUGUUGCGACUCUCAGAGAGCGUUCCCUCGCUGUCGCCGCGGAAGUUGAGCAGCAGCAGAGCUGGCUAGAGAGGAAACUCAAACCCAAGAAGAUCACGGCCCGGUACCCGUUGACAGGCAAAUCCUUAUUGUAUGCAACAUGUGCCUUUGGAAGCUUGGGAGAUGCCCUUUUCGGUUAUAACUCUGGUAUCAUGUCCGGGCUGCUGGUCAACCAAGUUUUUAUAACUCGCUUCUUCAAAGACUAUGGAGGUGCUGAUGGGACGACCACUGCGGUCGAUCCUGCGAUCACCGGCAUAUCUGUUGCGUGUUUGCAAGCAGCAGCGGCGGUAGGAUCACUCAUAGCCGGUCGUCUUGGAGACAUGAUUGGCCGAAAGAAGUGUGUCCGUGUCGGCGCUUUCAUCUACUUCUUCAGCUCGUUCAUUCAAAUAUUUGCCCCUGAUUUUGCCACGUUCGUUGGAGGCCGCACGGUCCAAGGAUUGGGCGUGGGUUUCCUCUCUAUGACUGUGCCUAUCAUCCAAACAGAAAUUGCUCCUUCUCAUCGCCGAGGUUUGAUGGUGGGUAUAGAGUACAGUUGUUUGAUCGCUGGAUAUAUGAUUUCUUGCUGGGUGGACUUUGGGUUUAACUUCUUGCUGCCACACCAUAUCUCAUGGCAGGGGCCUUUCAUCAUCCAGAUUGUGUUCUCUUUCGUCUUGUUUGUCAUGUCAUUCUUCCUACCAGAGACCCCUCGAUGGUUGGCUUUGAAUGGGUUCAUUGACGAGAGCCUGCAAACAAUUGCAGAUUUACAUUCUGAUGGUAAUAAGGAGGCGGAGGUUGUUCAGAAGACGUUCCUCGAGAUUCAAGAAGCGGUUAUCUAUGAGCACAAUCUUGGAAAGUCCGGUUGGAAGGAAAUGUUCACCCGGUAUCGCAAACGAACCAUUGUUGGAAUCACAGUGCAGAUGUUCGCGCAGAUCAACGGAAUCAACAUCAUCUCCUUCUACCUUCCGAGCACCCUCGCCUCCGCUGGCUUUGAUAAUCGCAAAUCCCUGCUGUACACUGCUGCAAAUGCUCUUCCCUACACCGCUGCAACAGUUGUUACCUGGUGGUUGGCUGAUCGAUGGGGCCGAAAGCCUCUGCUCAUUCUUGGAGGUCUCGGCAUGGCCGUACUACUAGCCAUUGUCUGCGUCUUCACCGAAAUUAAUGUGGAUGUUCAAGUCAAAGCGAACGGCCAAUAUGCCUUCGUCAUGCUUUACAAUAUCCUCUACGGAUUCACCUGGGGUCCGAUGCCGUGGCUUCUGCCCGCGGAGAUCUUCCCACUCCGGGGCCGGAGUAAAGGCAUGGCCCUGGCCACGACUAGCAAUUGGGUCUUUAACUUCAUCAUUGGAAUGGUCUCUCCGGACGCUUUCGCCGGCAUUCAUGGUUAUUUCUACCUAGUGAUUGCAGGAUUCUGUCUCAGUUCGGCCAUUCUAGUUCACUUUUACUAUGUCGAGACAGCACACUGUUCUCUCGAGGAGAUUGCUGUUGCAUUCGGUGACAAGGCAUUUGCGGAUUCUGAUGCGGAGGUUAUGGAAAUGGCUGAUGCAAAGAGUGAGCAGGUGGAAUACUCGGCAUGA